AUGGAGGCCAUUGCGCAGAAUAUACAAAUUCUAUCUGAAAAGACCUUACGAGACAUUGCGAAGGGCCAAUUGGUCAAAUUCACGCGGACAUGCGAUGAGCAGGGAUCCGUUACCCGUGUAUGGCAGUCAUUAUUCGACACACUUUCGACACCAUCGCUCCCUCAUGCGCAGAUUUCUGCAGCAUGCAAUGCUACCUCAGCAUUUCUUGAUGCAGCAGUGGAGUCUCCAGUUCAACUGACUAGGCAAAUUGCUUUGUCUCCGGAAGUUUGGCUAUCCAUCUUUGAGAUCUUUAUCACAAGAUAUGAAGAUGUUAAGCCAAAGCCUAUGAAGCAGCUCUUGAGUUCUCUCAUGACCAUUCUGGUCAAGAGCCAUGUGGGUGAGACUAAGCAGAUUAUUCAGGUCACCAUUUUGAAGGCUAUUUUGCCUUGCAUCAUUCUUGGCGAGCAGCGUUCUCGACUUAAGGCCGCCCUUGUGGUCCUUGAGAUGUGCAUCCGAAAGGGUGCUAUUUGGCCCGUUGAAUUCCUGCAAUUAGUUCGCGCCUGGGCCAUCGAAUUUCAAGAUAAAUGGGUUCCAGUUUUUAAGAAAGAUUACGAGACGAUCUAUCCAGGAGCCUCUGACCCUGCGGUCAUGUCAACCGAACCGUCUGAAGAAGUGGCAGGCCGUGUCUUUGUACUUGGUCUUUUGACCCAAACCAACGAUCGUGGAAUGUCAGGAACAUCCGGCAGCAUCAUGUCUUUUUUCCUUGAAAAAUCCAAGAUUGAAAAUCCCGGCCGCCAAAUGUCAUGGAUUUGGGUGUAUCCAACAAGGAAUAUUCUUCUACAGCAUCUAGAUGCAUUGGAAGUUCUUUCCACCCAAAUUAUCCAGCCUCUGUUUACAUUUGACCCACUGGGAUUUUCUGCUUUUAUUCAAUCCCUCCCGCUGAAAAAUCUAAUGGCUGGUGACAUGGCUGAAGCAUCGCAUUCGGAAUACAUGCUUCUUUUUGUCUCUCUGCAGGUUGGAAAGAAGGUUAAUUUAGUCCAUGAUGACUAUGAUAUCUCCAUCGAACCUAACCCCAACAGUUUGGUUCUUAAAAGUGACGUGAUUGGGAACUUCCUGCUCCACCAAGACCAAACCAUUCGCAUAGCAGCUUUGGCUCUUUUGGUUUCGUCGUAUUCCACCAUGAAGCCGUUGACUAAUAUUGCAACUGGUGCUAUUCUUCGAGGUCUUCCAUCCAUGCAUGCGGACUGCGACGCCUAUGGCAGAGGAGAGAUCAUGACCCUCACAAGAAAAUUCAUCACCCGCUUGAAGAGUGGCAUCGUAACCCUGGAAGAAGCUUCAAGGGGCUCGAAGACUACCAGCAAUGGUCGGCCCUCCGCUUUACUUGGCAGUGAUGUCGAGACCAGAUCCUUCCUCCAAGCCUAUCUCCAGUUUAUCGAACAUGAUCUUUGUGUCACGGCAUCAUAUGCGCGUCAUAUUUCUGCUUUGAAGGCAUUGAAGCUUCUGGUGGAGUCGGGUCUUGACCCUCGAACUAAUAUUAAACUAAUGAAAGCUGAAUCUCAAACAAGCUGGAAGCUCAAGCUUGAGGUUUUUAGUCCUCAGCUUCUCAGACUGCUGAUUGACCUCUUGUUGGAUCCUUUCGAGGAAGUUCGACAGACUUCGCUCUUGACCAUCAAUCUUUUCCCUUCACAAGUUCUCAUGGGCGGUCUUUUUAGCCCGGACCAAGAAACUUCACCUCCUCCUGGAAUGAGCAUUCUGGACGCGUUAGACAGAGCUGAGACUAUUGCAAGUAACACAAGUCGUGCGGAUCAUGCGGAUGCGGUCGCUCGUCUUUACCAUAUAUUGUUCACUGCGGCUCAAUCGAAUGAGUUGUCUAAGGUUCCCUCUAAUUGGUGGGCCACCAAGUACUCAGUCGUUGACACAAUCCUUGCUCGACUGGAACAGCGAAUCUCAUCUUCUACCGGCUUGCUUGGCUCUACCAUGCAGCAGACCCCUCUACACGGAUACAUGUCUGGAUUGAGAUACAUUGUUCUCACGCCUGACUUCCAUUCUUACAUUGAGACUCAACCUGAUAGCUCGAACUGGAGGGCAAUUCAUAACAGAAUAACAAAUAUCUGCGAGAUGGUAUGGCUAGCAGUAAAGCCCGUACUAUGUGUUGACUCGCCAGAAGGUCAUACAGAUGAGCCUAGCGAUGAUCUCAUGGUUGGACCUAAGGAUAUCCUGUCCUAUUCUUGGAGAUCUUUGCGGGAAUCCAGUCUCUUGUUACAUGCUACAUUAACAAACGUCAGCUAUGGGCCUUCAACUGGGGAAGGUCUCCAUCGUGCCGACUUUGAAAAUGUUGGUCGACUGAGCUUUACUCAAUUGGCAGAGCUGCGUCAUAGAGGUGCCUUUUCGACCGUUUCUACGACCUUUGCCACUUGCUGUCAGCGAUGCAGUACCUCACAAGACCCAUCGAUUCAGCAGCUGCCCGUUGAUUGGUACCAGGAAGCUAAGACCACUAUCUUCGAGGCAUCUGCCAAGCUCACUCGACGAUCUGCCGGUCUUCCUGCGUUAGUGACUGGAGUCCUAUGCUCCACUGCGGGUACACCUUUCUUCAAGCAAGUCAUCAAUGAGCUUGUCGAGAUCUCACACCUGCCGAUGGAUUACGAUAAGGACCAGCAGUAUCUCAAGCUCCCCCAAGUUCAUGCAAUGAACUGCUUGAAGGAUAUCUUCAUCAACAACAAACUUGGCCCUCAUACCGAGUCAUUCGUCAUGUCAGCUCUUACUCUUUCUGCAGAGAGAUUGGGAUCACCAAUUUGGAACCUCCGAAACUCCGGGUUGAUGCUUUUCAGAGCUCUGCUAUUCCGCAUGUGUCGUGCCACUGUAGGUUCGACAGCUGGAUUUGGUGGUGUAUCUGGCGCUGAACCAGGAUCCAAAAUUUCUUUCCCCAAAUACCCUGGUCUGCUCGAGCUGCUUUCAACCCUCCUGGCACCUACCGAAGGCACUACAGUGGAGGGUACUGAUAUUGUUACGGAGCGUAUAUUCCCUGCUCUUGAGCUGAUUGGCGAGAAGAUUCCUACAUCAAAUGAUCAAGAUGACACUACUCUGCGCAGCCUGGUUGUGCAGCACUUCAACAGUCCAGUCUGGGGCAUCCGAGAGCAUGCUGCCAAGGUUUAUGCGUCAUUACUGACUCGCAGGGACAUUCUGAAGGACGCACGGGCCCUUGUGGAUAUUCUUAAUGGGGAAAUCUCCCAAAACUAUCUUCAUGCGAAUAUUCUCUGUAUCCAAUACUCUCUUCGCCGCUUUGCAGACUCCACUGAUGUUUUCUGGGCAUCGCACAUCGAUGAGAUUCUUUUCACCGUCCACAGGGUCAUCAACAUGGCCUUGCCUCUGGCUAAGUCUCCCUUCGUUGCAACAGCGCUAGUUGAGAUUAUGAACGACACAUUGGAACGAAGCUUUGAAGCAGGCAUUGAGGCUCAAGUUUCCGCUUCCAUCUCUACUUUGUGCGAGAAAAAUGAUCUUCAGGGAGUGAUGAGCUACAUCUUCGAUGCUUCAAGCUCUGGCUGGAACCUUGCGAGUCGCACUAGAGCGUCGUCACUACUCAGGAGAGCUCUGUCAUGGUGCACCGCUAUGAGAAUCUUUGCCGCCCAGCAAAAGGACGAGUCUCUGAACUUUUUCUUAAGCAUCUCGGCCUUUGAUGCCGACGCCGGCAACUGGAUCAUUGAACGACUUGAUGAAAAGCUAGGCGAGAAGGAGAAAUACCGCCAGCAUUUGGUGCAUUUGUACUCUUCUAUCAUCGUGGGCCAAUAUACCACUGAUGUACGAACAAUCGCCGUGGCCAACCUGGCAUCUAGUCUUGAGCAGUUGCUAUCGUCUCAUCCCGAGGCAGUCGCAGACUUGAUCCUCCCUUGUGAUGAUUUGAUACAGGGAUUCCGGCCUGAUCUUGAGAUUGAAAAUUGGAACAGACAGGCUACUGAUGCAGAGCUCCGUCUCCAAGGAUGCCUUCACGGCGUUCAGUUCAUUAAAAAUGGGGCUCUCGACGUCGCUUCGUUCAAGUCUACCAUCUACAGCUGGGCCGUGAAGCUGAGGUCCGCACUAAGCGAAGAAACGGAAUUCACAACCAGGUACGCUGCUGCAUUAUCAGUCCAGAGCUUCUCUCGUGGCCUUCGUCCAGCCAACAGUUCACCCCGUGUUGAUGAUGCUUUGCUUGAUAUCUAUUUGAUUUUGUACGACAUGCUGAAUGACGACGAUGAUGAAAUCCGAGAUGUUGCUGCAUCAACUGCAUCCUGGGUUCUUUCUUACUCGUCUGUUUCUCCCAAUACAGCAGUGGCUCUUGGACCCUUGAACUCCAGUUCGCUUCUUGCCACUCUCAUCACAAACCAUUACUCUUCAUCACCUCGUCUUGCUCGAAGGGUGAUCCGCUAUCUUACCGGUCAAGAACCACGCAUCAGUGGCUCUGAUACACCACUCAAUAUGAGUUCUGUGCCGGCUUUGAUCGCAGAAUAUUCCCAGGAGAGCACUGUGCUAUUUGUGGAGGAAAAGCAGAAUCUGUUCAUUGAUGAUGUCCGGGAAAUUGAUAUAUGGUCUAAGGUACUUUCGAACCUCAGCAAGGAUGCAUUGCCCGAGAAGUUGGUCGGUCAAUUCUCAAAAUGGGUUUUGGAAGGAUUGGAAUAUAUUUCCACACUUGUCGGUCAGCCUUCUGGCCUGGAUGGACUUCUUGGCUGGAUUUCGAAGCCAGAGUGCUUUACUCUUGGGAUUCGGGUUAUUAGUCUUUCUUGCGUACUUGCAUCGAAGCAAUUUGGCGCUUCUCAGUUCCUUUCAUUUGAUCCUUCAUCAUUGAGGGUGGUGCUUCAGACUCUUCUUGAAGCUGGCCCGGGUGCCUCGGUACACGAUGAAUGGCUUCUUAUGAUCAAAAAUGGCUUGGAUUUGGAUGUUUAA